UUGGUGGGUGGGCAUGUGGGGAAGGGGAGGUUCCCAAAAAGCCCAGUUCUCCAUACCCUGAGCUUACCCUUGAGUGUCUGCAGGGCCCUGCCCCUCCCACACUCCUACCCCCAUACAAGUGCCCUUCCCGUAAGGGCCACCUUCCUCCAUGAUCCAGCUCUGCUUACCCAGGCCCCAAACCCUUGUUCAUCCCAUCCCAGUCUCCCCCAGGGGCCUGGGUGCUGGGGAGGGGUCAGGUAGUCCAGUGUGUCCAUGUGUGUCCCCCUGGGACCCUAGCCCUGCCCAGCUCCUGGACAGUGUCCUAGGGCUGGGGGCACUGGGGCUGUCAGUUCCGGCAGUCUUUUCCACCAUUGGCCCAGCCUUGCUGCUGCUGCUACUGCUCAGUUUCCUGACCUUUGACCUGCUCCACAGGCCUGUAGAUCCCACCUGGCCACAGCACGCCCUUCUCACAGGAGGCCAGAGUCAAGGGGCCGGUGAGGGUCCAAGACAGCAGGAAGCUUUACUCCUACCGAUGGUGGUGGUCCCAAGACAACUCAGCCUUCAGGAUGCUCUGCUACUGCUGCUUCUGGGCCUGGGGCUGCUCCUGGGAGCCCGUGGCAUGCCCCUGGCCCUGCUGGGCCUGGCUUUCUGCCUCCAUCCUUGGGUCUGAGUGCCCUUCUGGAUCACUGUGUGCCUUGCAGAAAUACACUGGCCCUGCUGCUUCCUUGGGCCUUCUUUCUUCAACCCUGAGCUGGGCAGGCAGGAGGGAACCUCUUAUCCCCAAACUAUACCCCAGGAGACCUCUGGCCCCACAAUAGAGACAGUAGA